AUGAUGAGUGGCGUCAACAAUGCUAUAAACUACAUCGAGUUGAUGAGAUUUGGUCACGCCGAGGCCAUCGAUGGUUCUGGCGGCAUCCUGUCGGUUUAUUUUUUGGUCACCCUCGUUUGGGCUCUUGCUGGAGGUUGGGUUGGCGAGAAGGCGGGACAAAUAAAGACCAUUGCUCUUGGUGCUACAUGGGGUAUUCUGGAAGCAAGUCUCCAGUGUUCAGCUCAGAAUCAUAUUUGGAUGAUCUUUGCACGCUUGAUCAAUGGCUUCAUAUCUGGCAUUCUGAAUGCCAUCGUUCCAGUCUGGGCAACCGAAAGCGUGCCACAAACUGGCCGUGACCAGUUCGUCGCCAUUGAGUUCACUCUGAAUAUCUUUCGCGUUGUGGUGGCAUACUUGAACGUAUUGGCUGAGGCAGAAUUCCAAGAUAUUCGUAGUGUUUCACAACUUAAGAAAGAUGGAAACCGGACAUCCUAUUGGUCGACGUUCGCGGGGCGAAGUUCUGGAGACUUGGAUACGGGACGAAGAGUGCAGCUUGUAAUUUGGUUUAUUGCUAGAUUCAAUGCCGAGAAGUCACAGUGGGUUUCUGGACUAAACAACAUAUUCUACAUGUUUUCCACCCUCAUCUGUGUGUUCAACCUAGACCGCAUUGGACGAAGAUGGACGUUGUGCCGGGGUACCAUCGGCCAAGGAAUCGCCAUAUUCCUCGCUGGUGAAAUGUCAAGACUGGCAAUAAACAACUCCGACGCAUUCAAAGCCUUACAAUACGGAGCUGCUGCUGCUUUCAUGGCCUUCAUCUUCACAUGGAGUGCUUGGGGUGUCGUGGGAUGGAGCAUUGGAAAUGGGUGGUUCUGUAGCAAGAUCAACGACAAGACACUCUACGUAUUUGCCAUCAAUAACGAGAUCACCCAUCCUGAUGAAAUGGUUCUUUUAUUCGCUGCAAAAACGCCUUGGGUAUGGGAUGCAGAGAGAAACUUUGUGAGGUUGAAGGAAGAACAUCCGGAGAUUGCGCAUGCGGCCCACAAAGGACAGAUGAACAUUGUUGCUGAGAUUAGGUCUGUAGCUUAA